AUGCACCUAUCCUUCACCAACUGGGAGAGGUCUCUUGAGGAGCCAAUAUCCGGGGGUCUACAGGAUACGCAAGUCAUGAAAAUGGAGUCCGUUGUCUCCAUUCGUGAGGCUGGCUCUUGGGUCGGCGACGUCGACGUCGUCCGCGCGCUCCGUAACGAGCGCGUGAGCAAGCUUCGCCCGCAGCCGUCCUGCACCCACGACAUAAAUGGGCUCUACGGAGCGCAUCUUACGUCGAUUGAAUCCUGGGAUGAGCUGAGGAAUUGCAACUCGGGGAACGUGGUGAUCAGAGCACACGGGAAUUGGGUAGCACGGCUCGCCUGCAUAUCUUUUCUAUCGCAGGGUAUCCAGCGGGGUGACUUCAGGUUUGAGAGUGUCAUCGUCUGCCCCCAGCAAGUCUGUUGGAAAUGUGUCGAGAAGUUUUCGCCUUGCGUUUACGUGUACUAG